UGUCUCUCUCUCUCUCUCUCUCUUUCUCUCUCACAAAAGUCUCCACUAAUUUACUCACUAAUUACUCACAAUCCCUUUCAUUCGCCGUUGGAUUCCGGAGAUCGAUCAGAGAAAUUAGUCCCGAUUCUCAAUUUCUCGCCUCGGGGAGAAUUCAUCUGAAGUUAUUGCUGCUUGUUAACAUAAUUCAAUCCUACCGUUAUCGAAUGCUUGAAGGAGAACGGACGUGUAGGUUCGAUCAGAGACAUCAAUGAUCAACCAUCUCACACUAUGGCAAAUGGAAGUGAUGAGAGUUUUCCCAUGAACCAAAAACCUCUGGAGGAUUCUGAGAAUGAGGGAGCCAGAUUUCAGAAUAGCAUAUCGGAUGAUGGCCGAUCUACAAAAUUGAGAGAUGAUUCAGAUGAGAUAGAGAAUGGCAGUGGUGGUACUAAUCCACAUAUUCCAUUCUUUUUUUGGAAAGAUCCUCACAUCUGGAGACCACCUGAACCAGCAGAUAUGAUGGAAAGGUUUGCUAGUGACGACGACGACGACUGGAAUGAUAAUAAAGAAUGGGGUCGGUCAAAUUUUGGAAGCAAUCACAACAAUAAAGAAGAGCGGCAAACAGCAACAAAAUGGCGUUUGAAGACUUUUGUAGGUCGACUUUUGGCAUCUGAAGGUGUAUCUUUCUCUGAAAGGGAGGGUGGUGAGAGUUGGCUUGAGAUUGUGGCUUCGCUGUCAUGGGAAACAGCAUUGCUUCUCAAACAUGAGUACAGUGAGGGAAACGGAAUGGGUCCUUUAUUCCCUGUGAAGGUGACAUGUGUUGCUUCUGGUGCUCGCCAAGAGAGUGAUGUGAUCAAGGGCUUAGUUUUCAAGAAUAAGGUAGCACAGAAAAAAGUGCCUACUAAGCUCAACAAUCCCAGACUGGUGCUUGUUAAGGGAGUCUUCAAGCAAUCUUCUAUCGGCUUUACGUCAUUCAAUUCAAUGGAGCAGGAAAAUACUCACUUUGAGAAGUUUCUUAAUCAAAUUGCGGAAAUAGAUGGUCAAAAGGUUGUUCUCGUAGGGAAGAGUGUUCCACGCGACAUGCAGGAGAUUCGUGGGGAAGAAGUGACACUGGUUCUCGAUGUGAGGCUCCAGGACUUGGAAAGAAUUGCUCGCUUUACAGAAUCUGGUAUUAUUUCUAUUGCUGAUGUUCUUGAGGAACAUAAGCUAAAGCAGUUGCUGGAUGAACAUAAGCUAAAGCAAUUUGACUCCUUCCAUAUUGAAAAGUUUACAGAAGAGCAUAAUGGUGUUGGUGAAGGAGGAAAGAGACCACAGAAAACUUUGAUGUUUUUGGAGGGUUGCCGGAAUCCAUUCAGAUGCACGAUAUUGUUGAAAGGAGCAAAUAGUAAAGAGCUGAAGAAAGUUAAGCACAUGAUGCAACACUCAGUCUGUGCAGCAUAUCAUUUGAUCCUUGAAACUUCAUUCUUCGAAGAUCAAAGGGUGUUUUUAAGUGACAAGAAUGCUGUUGAAGAAGAGAACCUUGGUAGUGCUGAAACAGAGCCAUCUGUUGUUUGUGAUGCUGCUUUGUAUAUGCAUACUGAAGGAACUUUAGUUUUACCUUCUGAUUCGCCUAGUAGCGUUGUUCAUAAGGAGAUUGAGGGCUUAUAUAAUCUCGAAGGCAUUGUGGUUUUGGUAUCCAGCCGAUGUAUCAUGAAAAAAUCUGCCUGCAAGCGCCAUCUUUCCCAUAUAAAAUACUAUGGAAACUCUGAUGUGCCACUAGGUCGAUAUUUGCAAGAUAUUUUGCUUAAUCAGAAAGGCAGUUGCUCCUCCUGUAGUGAGCCUCCAGAGGAUCAUAUGUAUUCUUACACCCAUUAUAAUGGAAAUAUCACUGUUAUUUUGAGGCAUCUUACACCAGAGUCAUAUUUGGCCGGCGAAAAUGAAGGAAAAAUCUGGAUGUGGAACAGGUGUUUAAGAUGUGGACCUAAAAGAUGGACCGCCAGCUCUACUCAAAGGGUUGUAAUUUCGCCUUCAGCACGUAAACUCUCGUUUGGAAAGUUCUUGGAACUUUACUUUUCAAGCCAUUCUGCUGCUAGAGUGCUAUCUAGCUGUGGACAUUCACUGCACAAAGAUUGCCUACUUUUUUUUGGAUUAGGGUCCAAAGUUGUGAUUUUUGGGUACUCGCAUGUUCAUAUCUAUGCUGCUCGUGAGCCACCACCAAUUCUAGAAUUGAACCACUCGAAUGGGCAUGACUGGCUUAAGGAAGAACUGAAGAAUGAUAAACUAGUUGAACAGAAGAAGGGUGCUAUUUCACACAACAAUAUCGAAACAAAUGGGCAAAAGGACAGUAGUACGAUUAUUGGAAACUUUUAUCAGAUAAACCCGAGCUUUGGUGAAUCCUCCUCUGCUGGUGGCCAUUCUUUUUCUAAAGAUGAGCAAACUAUGCUGGAAAUAGAGCCAGCUAACGUUAUUUCUACAGAAAAUGGGUUUUCUGGCGCUGAAAGGCAUUCUGAUCCAUCGAUGAUUGAGGAGCAUGCAGCAUUUCAAACUGACCAAAACCAUGAUAUUUGGUCACAUGAUCUUUCUACUGAGGAAAUGGAUUUAUUGCGCUCUAUUGCUGGUUGUUUCCAAAAUGUUUCGUCUGUCUCUGAGGAGGAGACAUAUAGUAUAAUUGCCCUUGCACUAGCCAUGUCCAAGUAUCGGGAUCAUUUGCUGGAUAUCUUGGCAGAAAGAGAAACGGAGGUCAUAGGAGAGCCACAUAGAACAAUGGAGAAAUCUAACAGCUUGAUCUCUAAUGGUUCUUUCAAUGCAUCACACAAGUCAUUUAAAAGAUCUGAAUCUGAAAUAAGCCAUUCACCCCUUGCUGAUGAGUCCCAUGAUCUCUCAUCUCUAUUAGCUUCACAAGAUCAUCCUGAAGUUGUCAUUGAUAAUAUGAAGAUACCUUUGAAGAGCAAAUAUACAGUUGUAUGCGUAUAUGCGAAGGAUUUUUUUAGCCUUCGAGAGAAGUUUUGCCCAUCGGAACUCGCCUACUUAUCUUCUCUAAGCCGUUGUAAGAAGUGGAAUGCUCAAGGUGGAAAGAGUAAGGCUUCCUUUGCAAAGACAAUGGAUGACAGGUUAAUUGUAAAGCAAAUCAAGAAGGCAGAAUUCACCUCUUUUCUAAAGUUUGGCCAUGAUUAUUUCGAGUACAUUGAUCCUUUAAAGAGAAGGGGCCAAACAUGCCUUGGUAGAAUCCUUGGAGUAUAUCAGGUUACAAAAAUUGAAAAUGGCAAUAAGGAAAAAAGUAAUCUGUUGGUCAUGGAAAAUAUUCUCUUUGGAUGUAAUAUAUCGCGCACUUACGAUCUUAAAGGAGCCAUUUUCUCUCGACAUGUUCCAGAUUCUAAAGACUCCAAGAAAGUACUGUUGGAUCAAAAUUUUAUGGAGGAUAUGUGGGUAUCUCCCAUCUAUAUCAGUGUAAAAACUAAGCACCUUCUCGAACGUGCCAUUUGGAACGACACAUCUUUUCUCUCUAAGAACAACAUUGUGGACUACUCCUUGCUUGUGGGAGUCGACGACGAGCGGCAUGAGUUUGCAUUCGGAAUUAUAGAUUAUCUGGGGCAAUAUACCUGGGAUAAACAGAUCGAGACUUGGAUGAAAGCUUCUCUCAUGGUUCCCAAGGACGAAACACCAACCGUGAUUUCUCCUAAGGAGUACAAGCAAAGGUUCAGGAAAUUUAUGGCCAAAAACUUCCUGGUUGUUCCAGAUAGUCGGAGUUCGGAACAUUGUUUAGCUCCCUCUAAAUGUCGUAGCCACGGAGCUGCCGGAGAAGCGAAUUGAAGAACACACAUGAAUCAGAGCCUGGUGUUUACUGUAACUGUUCUCGUUAGGCUUAUUCGCCGCCAUGUUGAAUUUCUUUGGGUUGUUGUAUAUAGGUGUUCCUCACUUAUUAUGUCCCUCGAAAUUGCACAUUUUUUAGCAUAAUUUCAGGGUAAGUGGGGUUCAUAUAUCUAUCUUAGUAUUCUUUGUCAAUUUACUGUGAUUACUGAAAGAUGAUAAAGGAGGUGUAAGCUUUUGUUUCCUCUUGUUUAUAUAAAUGCCUGGAAAUACAAUCUGAGAGUGUUGUAUCAAA